UUCAGUUUGAAUUUGAACUGAAUUGACUUAAACUUCGGCUCGGUUUGUGGUCCGUGCGGUAUUAUAUUUACAUGGCGUUGAUUGUGAUACAUAGCGUGUAAUUAUUGUGCAUUUUCGUAUAUAAAAAUGGCCUCUACUGACGAUAGCAAGAUCAAUUCAUUAGUGUACAAUUAUUUACUAAAAACUUGUCCAAAGAGUGCUAAAACAUUUGCUAAAUCUACGAAAUCAAAGUCCUUGCCACCUGGUACACCUACAUUGGAACAGCUAUUAAGUCAAGGAUCUUCGAAGACAAUAGUUCCAGAAGUUGCAAAAUCAAACACCCAGAAAAGUCCACUAAAAUCAAAACAGGUUCCAAAGCAGGAUUCAUCAUCAGAUGAGUCUGACAGUGAAUCUGAAGAUGAUUCCUCAAAACUAAAAAAAUCAGCAAACACCAGUCUAAAGAAAUUGUCACCAAAGGUGCCUGUCAAGAAGAAAUCAAGCUCUGAUGAAUCCAGUUCUGAAGAUGAAAAACAAAAACAGAAAAAGUCUCCAGUAAAGCAACAACAGGUUUCUAAAAGUAACAAUUUACAACCUAAAGAAAAAAAUGAAUCCUCUUCAGAAGAUUCAAGUUCUGAUUCUGAACUAAAACCUAAAUUAGCUGCAACACCUAAACCAAACAACUGGAGUUCAGCGAUAUCUAAAUUUGCUGAAAUGUCAGAUUCUAGUUCUGAUUCUGAAGAUGGAGAAGAAAUUGUUUCAUUGGCUAAGAAACCAACUGUUUUAAAUAAUGCUGGAAAAACACCUAUUGUAUUGAAUGAUAAAAAAUCUGUUAAAAAUGCUGCAGAUAGUUCUGAUUCUAGUUCAGACUCGGAUGAGGAAGCUCCUACUAAAUCUAAAGCUCUUUUAAAUCAAAAUUCAGUUUUGCAGAAAGGAAAAAACGUAGUACCAGCAAAAUCAUCUAAGUUACCAGCUCAACUACAGGCGAAGAGCUUGACUCAGAAAACACAAGAUUCUAGCUCAGAUGAUUCAGAUUCAAGCUCAGAUGACAAAUCUCCAAGCAAGAAAAUGAGUACUCCUUUACCCAAGGUCGCAGUUCAGUCUAAAGGUGUUAAAGCAGAUGAAAGUUCUGAUUCCAGUUCCGAUUCUGAAGAGCUUUCUAAAAAUAAAGUUCCUAAUGUAAAGCAAAAUGCAGUUUUACAGAAAUCCCUUAUGAGUAAGAAGCCACCUGUGCAAGUUCAGAAGCAGGUAUCAAGUUCUGAUGAUUCAAGCUCAGAAGAGGAAAUGAAAACAAACAAUUCUUUACUAAAGAAGAAAAGUAUACCCCCUAAUAAAGGAGUUUUGACCAAGUCUCCUAAUAAAAAAAAAGCUUCAAGUGACUCAGAUUCUAGUUCAGACUCGGAUAAAAAGCCUUCAGCUAAAGCUAAUGUAGCUGUUGCUGUGAAAUCAUCACCUUUAAAAAAAGCAAAUGUAUCAGUAAAGAAGCAAUCUAGUUCAGACGACUCAUCUUCAGACUCAGAUGAGGAAAAGCAGGUGAAUAAAGUUUCCACUGUUGUACAGAAGAGUAUGAAUACCAGUGCAACUCAAUCUGGGAAAGUUCAGAAAAAAGAAUCUAGCUCUGAGGAUUCUAGUUCAGAUUCUGACUCUGCCUCUAAGCUGAAGAAGCCAACUGUUACUAAAAUUACUUCUACUAAUAAAAAAACAGUUUCUGUAGCUGUUGCUGGGAAGUCCCCUGUUCAAAAAAAAGCAUCUAGUAGUUCAGAUUCAAGUUCUGAUGAUGAACCCAAAAAAUCUACACCUGCUGUUCAAAAAAGUAAAAUUAUUAUUGCAACUCAACCUGGGAAAGUUUCAAAAAAAGACUCUAGCUCGGAUGAUUCUAGUUCAGACUCAGAUUCUGGAUCUAAGCCUGCCUCAACUGUUACUAAAUCUAAUAUUUCUCUUGCUACAAGCGUGAAAGCAUCAUUACCUAAAAAGGCCGUCACACCAGGAAAAGUUAACACUCCCGUUGGUAAAAAGGCAAUUGCUGGCAAGUCGACUAUUCAAAAAGGGGAAUCGAGUAGUUCAGAUUCAAGUUCCGACUCUGAACCAAAGAAAACCUUGUCUACACCAGUUGUGCAAAAGCAACAAAAAAAGGAAUCUGAAUCAAGUGAUUCUUCAGAUUCUGAUGCACCUAAAAAAGCUACUGUACUUCCAAGCAAAUCCCCUGUUUCCAAACCUAAUAAAGGAGCUAAGAGAACUAAAGAUUCCAGUUCUGAUAGUAGUGACUCUGACUCUAAUCCUGUUAAAACAAUGAAACCAAAUGUGGUUAAAAAUACACCUUUAUUAGCUAAGAAAAAAGAUUCAUCAAGUUCAUCAGAUGAGGACACUGUUGCCAAAAAUGCUAAAGCAUCUAAGCCUCUUAGUUCACUUAAACGCAAGCAUGGGGCUUCAGAAGAAAGUUCUGAUUCAUCUGAUUCUGAGGGUGAGUCUAACCUUCAUACUCCAAACCAGCUAUCCACACAGCCCCAAAAGAAACAAAAACUUAACAAUUCGUUAUCAAAUGUCUCAGAUUCAAAUAACACACCUAUUGCAUCAGAUUCUACGAAAAAGCGAAGGGGCUCCAGUCCAUUCAGAAGAAUAAAAAAUGAAAACUUUGUUGUUGAUCAGCGAUUGCAAAAAUCAAGUGCUGAAGCUAAGCAUUUUAUUCCAUCUUUGGGUUCAUCUAAAGGAAAACAAUUUCGACAUGAAAAGACAAAGAAGAAGAGAAAUAAUUCUGCUGGGAAAAUUGAUUUGGCUGUUAAUUCUAUUAAAUUUGAUUAGAUUUAUUAUUUUAAAUUUUCUUAUAUGUAACUUCAUCUGGAAGAAAGAUUUCAUCGGCAUUGAAAUAAAUGUUUUUUGAGUAAAA